AUGGUGAAAGAUGCUGAAAAGUUUAAGGUUGCGGAUAAGCAGUAUCAAGAGAAGGUAAAAGCUAUGAAUUCCUUAGAAACAUAUACUCAAAACAUGGCAACCAUGCUGGAAUGUCAUGGAGCAAAAGUUGGGCUCAGAGAGAGGCGGAAGAUGGGGGUUGCUAUUAAUCUGACAAUUCAAUGGCUAGACCAGAAUUUGGUUCUUGCAGAAGGUUGCAAGUUUGAGGAAAAAAUGAUAGAACUCGAGGGCGUUUGUGGACCAAUUAUCAAAAAGAUGCUUGAGACACAGAAUUCAUCAACGAGUAGUAAUGGCGCAAGUGGCAGCAGAGCAAAAAUUGAGAUCAUCAAACUUGAGUUGGAUUAA